GCGCUAAUCAUGGCUGACCUGGCAGAGACAAUAUUGUGUAAUUUGGCAAGUGCAGAUGCUAUUGACUCAUUAGAUCUCGCUAAACAGCUAAAUGAAGAGCAUCAGAAGAUAGUAGGCGCUAUCAAAAGUCUACAGUCUUUAGGAGAAGUAAUCCAGUGUGAACAGGUGGCAAGUAAGAGGUGGGAGCUCACUGAUGAAGGUAGACAGGUGUUGAAAAAUGGAAGCCAUGAAGCUCAUGUGUUCAAUGCUAUACCAACAGAGGGAAUAACUCAGGCAGAGCUUAUGAAAAUUGUCCCAAAUGCUAAAGUUGGGUUUAGCAAAGCAAUGUCGGCCGGUUGGAUUCAAAUAGACAAGAAAGCAGCAGGUGGUCCCAAGGUGACAAGAAAGGUCGAUUCCAUAGAAGACAAAGUGAAGCUGUUACUAGGGCAGAUACAAGAUCUGAGUGUCAAUGAUGUCACAGAGAAAGACAAGCUCGAAUUCAAGAAGAGGAAGAUGCUGCAAGAGGUGAUAUUGAAGAGUUACCUACUAAAGAAAGGAGCCGAGUUCAGUACAUCUGUGGAGAAGCCAGAAACGGACCUCACUCCCGAAAUGAUUACAAGUGGAUCAUGGUGUACUAAAAAAUUUAAACCAUACAAUUUCGAUGCACUGGGCGUGACACCACCUAGUGGACAUUUGCAUCCUCUACUGAAAGUGAGAACACAGUUCAGGAACAUAUUUUUAGAGAUGGGGUUUACGGAGAUGCCGACGAACAACUACGUGGAGAGUUCCUUCUGGAAUUUUGACGCGCUGUUCCAGCCUCAGCAGCAUCCGGCAAGAGAUGCCCACGACACGUUCUUUGUAUCAGACCCAGCACUAACAGAGAACUUGCCAAUGGACUAUUUGGAACGUGUAAAGAAGGUCCACUCUGAAGGAGGGUAUGGAUCGCAAGGUUACAAGUAUGAUUGGAAGAUAGAGGAAGCCAAGAAGAAUCUUCUCCGGACCCACACCACAGCUGUGUCGGCUAGAAUGCUCUAUAAGCUUGCACAGGAGAAGGAAUUCAGACCUGUGCGCUUAUUCUCCAUUGACCGAGUUUACAGGAAUGAAUCGCUUGACGCGACACAUCUGGCAGAGUUUCAUCAGAUAGAGGGCGUUGUAGCAGACUAUAAUCUCACACUCGGAGAUCUCAUGGGCAUCCUUGGAGAGUUCUUCAAGAAAUUAGGAAUUAAAAAGAUACGCUUCAAGCCAGCCUAUAAUCCCUACACUGAACCUAGCAUGGAAAUAUUUAGUUAUCACGAUGGUUUAAAGAAAUGGGUCGAAAUUGGUAAUUCAGGCAUCUUCAGACCUGAAAUGUUACUGCCUAUGGGUUUGCCCGAGGAUGUGGUAGUUAUUGCCUGGGGUCUGUCACUCGAGAGGCCGACGAUGAUCAUGUAUGGCAUCGACAACAUACGCGAGCUGGUCGGCCACAAGGUCAACCUGCAGAUGGUGCAGGACAACCCGAUCUGUCGUCUGACGCGCCCGGCGACGCUGGAGUCGUGCUACGUCGAGGAACCCAGCUCUCACUGGCACGGCCACAUAGCACACUAACCAUCAUCCCGGCUCGCAUUCUCUCUGGCCUCGCGAUGGUGCUUAGCCUUGCGAGCUGCUUCGUCACUAGCGGGUGCUAAGACUUACAACCUGCUUGGUCACUAGGGGGGCCCUACUUUAUAACCUGCUUGGUCGCUAGGGGCACUGCCUUACAACCCGCUUGGUCGCUAGGGGGCGCUGCCUUACAACCUGCUUGGUCGCUAGGGGCGCUAUCUCAUAACCCGCUUGAGAUGCGUGAUCGCUCGAGAUUCCGUUGUUUAAAUGUGUCGGUUGCAGACAGGUAAUCAUGUGUUGAUUAUUGCACUAUUGUAAAUCCAUCCACUCUUAUUUGCUGUCAUGAAAAACAAUUCUGUUGUAAGUUUGUUUAAAAGUUUGCACACUCUAAACACCUCGUGAAAAAUAAGUUGGGCAUUACUGGCUAAUGCUGCAGAGGCCAAAAUGUAGUUUGGUUGUACGUGGCGUCACACCAAUUCUAAUAGGUGGACUUGACAAAAAAAUUACCUAUCUCAUCCCAUAAAGCAUAUUCUGCUAUCCCGUUACACUUUCAGGUUUGAUGGUAGUGAACAUACUACCCUGGGACCAAAAUUAGCAAGAAGUUGUGAUGGGUAUAUAUGAUGUAUACACGUGCAAUAGGCCUAAUAUUGGCUGUUGAUUCUAUAAAUUGGUGAAGUGAUAAUUUAACAGAUGAUGGGCAGUUCGACGGCUCUAUGUGAACAUCGUGUGUGCGAGGGAGAGUAAUGAUUAAAUAUUUAUGUUUUCAUUUCUUA